AUCUGUCUCCAUGAAACUCUGGGGCUGGGGCAGGAAUAUCAGCGCCUGCAACCUAAAGAUUUUCCAAGAGUGAUCUUUUAAAUUGAGGAGGAAAAGCUUUAAGAUAUUUUUUUUCUGCCUUGUUAUGUUUUCAAGCAACUCUUCAAAAAUAAUGGCCUAUAAACAGAAGAGUUGGACAUGGCCAGAAUCACAGUGUUCUUGCUGGGCACCCCCGGCUGGCGUCUCACCUCUCCUUCGAAGCUGAAUCAACACUUGCAAAGCCUGUUGACACCCUCAGAGGGAUUCCCAAGUGCACUCUGUGUUUGGGGUUAUUAUUUUGAGGGUGUUCAACCUUUCCUCAGAUGUCACUGAACUCUGCUCAGGCUGGCCUUCAGGGCAUUGACCCUUAAGCAAAUAGAUAGUGUUCUCGAAAAAGCUUGAAUUCUGUUUAGUGCUUUACAAUGAUGAAAACUGAAGUUGGAACAGGUUAGAAAACUUUUUGACUCUCCACAGUGGAGUCCAUUGUUUCUUCUGGCUUCUUCAAUUUCACGUUCACAGAGUUGUUGGCUGUGGACUGCAAUUACCAUGUCUGACUCAGUAAUUCUUCGCAGCGUGAAGAAAUCUGGAGAGGACAAUCAUGGUUUUGAGUCAGAUAGAUCAUAUGACAAUGAUAAGAAAUCAAAGUUAGAAGAUAAGAAGAAGAAAGGUGGCAGCAGUCAAAUUGGCUUCUUUCAAUUGUUUCGAUUUUCUUCAAAGACUGACAUUUGGCUGAUGUCUGUGGGAAGUUUAUGUGCAUUUCUCCAUGGAGUAGCCUAUCCAGGCGUGCUACUGAUUUUUGGCACAAUGACAGAUGUUUCUAUUGAGUAUGACAUGGAAUUACAAGAACUCAAGAUCCCUGGAAAAGCAUGUGUGAAUAACACGAUAGUAUGGACCAACAGCUCCCUCUACCAGAACGUGACAAAUGGAACGCGCUGUGGGUUUCUGGACAUUGAAAGUGAAAUGGUCAAGUUUGCCAGUUACUAUGCUGGCAUCGCUGUCGCGGUACUUGUCACAGGAUAUAUUCAAAUAUGCUUUUGGGUAAUUGCUGCAGCUCGCCAGAUACAGAAAAUGAGAAAACUGUACUUUAGGAGAAUAAUGAGAAUGGAAAUAGGAUGGUUCGACUGCAAUUCAGUGGGAGAGCUGAAUACAAGAUUUUCUGAUGAUAUUAACAAAAUCAAUGACGCCAUUGCCGACCAGAUGGCCAUUUUCAUUCAGCGCAUGACCACGAGCGUCUGUGGGUUCCUGCUGGGAUUUUACCGGGGUUGGAAACUGACCUUGGUUAUUAUCUCUGUCAGCCCUCUCAUUGGGAUUGGAGCAGCCGUCAUUGGUCUGAGUGUGUCCAAGUUUACAGACCAUGAAUUGAGGGCCUAUGCCAAAGCAGGGGCAGUGGCUGAUGAAGUCAUCUCAUCUAUUCCAACAGUGGCUGCUUAUGGUGGUGAGAAAAAAGAGGUUGAAAGGUAUGAGAAAAAUCUUGUGUUUGCCCAGCGUUGGGGAAUUAGAAAAGGGAUAGUGAUGGGAUUCUUUACUGGAUUCAUGUGGUGUCUCAUCUUCUUGUGUUACGCUCUGGCCUUCUGGUACGGCUCCAGACUCGUCCUGGAUGAUGGAGAAUAUACAGCAGGAACCCUUGUCCAGAUUUUCCUCAGUGUCAUAGUAGGAGCUUUAAAUCUUGGCAAUGCCUCUUCCUGUUUGGAAGCCUUUGCAGCUGGCCGUGCAGCAGCCACCAGCAUUUUUGAGACAAUGGACCGGAAACCCCUCAUUGACUGCAUGUCAGAAGAUGGUUACAAGUUGGAUCGAAUUAAGGGUGAAAUUGAAUUCCAUAAUGUGACCUUCCACUAUCCUUCCAGACCAGAGGUGAAGAUUUUAAAUAACUUAAGCAUGGUCAUUAAAUCAGGGGAAAUGACAGCUAUGGUAGGAUCCAGUGGAGCUGGGAAAAGCACGGCACUGCAGCUCAUUCAGCGAUUCUAUGACCCCAGUGAAGGCAUGGUGACCUUGGAUGGCCAUGACAUUCGCUCUCUUAACAUUCAGUGGCUUAGAGCUCAGAUCGGGAUAGUGGAGCAAGAGCCUGUUUUGUUUUCCACCACCAUUGCAGAGAAUAUUCGCUAUGGCAGAGAAGAUGCAACGAUGGAAGAUAUAGUCCGAGCUGCCAAGGAAGCCAAUGCCUACAGCUUCAUCAUGGACCUGCCACAGCAAUUUGACACUCUUGUUGGAGAAGGAGGAGGCCAGAUGAGUGGCGGCCAGAAACAAAGACUAGCCAUUGCUAGAGCCCUUGUCCGAAACCCGAAGAUCCUACUUUUGGACAUGGCCACCUCGGCACUGGACAAUGAGAGUGAAGCCAUGGUGCAAGAGGCACUGAGUAAGGUUCAGCAUGGGCUCACAAUCAUUUCUGUUGCUCAUCGCCUAUCCACGGUUAGAGCUGCAGACGUCAUUAUUGGUUUUGAACGUGGUACAGCAGUGGAAAGAGGCACCCAUGAAGAACUGUUGGAAAGGAAAGGAGUUUACUUCACUCUAAUGACUUUGCAAAGUCAAGGAGAUCAAGCCUUUAAUGAAAAAGACAUAAAGGGAAAAGAUGAAACUGAAGAUACCUUACUUGAGAGAAAACAGACCUUUAGCAGAGGGAGCUACCAAGCUAGCUUAAGAGCUUCCAUCCGGCAACGGUCCAAGUCUCAGCUUUCUUACCUGGGACCUGAACCUCCAUUAGCACUUGUAGAUCAUAAGUCUACUUAUGAAGAGGACAGAAAGGACAAGAACAUUCCUGUGGAAGAAGAAAUUGAACCUGCCCCAGUUAGGAGGAUUCUGAAAGUUAAUGCUCCAGAAUGGCCCUACAUGCUGGUAGGGGCUGUGGGCGCAGCUGUCAAUGGGACAGUCACACCCUUCUAUGCCUUCUUCUUCAGCCAGAUUCUUGGGAUUUUUUCAAUUCCUGAUAAAGAAGAACAAAGAUCACAGAUCCAUGGUGUGUGCCUGUUUUUUGUAGCAAUAGGCUGUAUAUCUUUUUGCACUCAAUUUCUGCAGGGAUAUGCUUUUGCUAAAUCCGGGGAACUCCUCACAAAAAGGCUACGUAAAUUGGGUUUCAGAGCAAUGUUAGGGCAAGACAUUGGCUGGUUUGAUGACCUCAGAAAUAGCCCUGGAGCACUGACAACAAGGCUUGCUACAGAUGCUUCUCAAGUUCAAGGGGCUGCCGGCUCUCAGAUUGGGAUGAUGGUCAAUUCCUUCACUAACAUCACCGUGGCCAUGAUCAUCGCCUUCUUCUUUAGCUGGAAGCUAAGCCUGGUCAUAGUGUGCUUCUUCCCCUUCCUGGCUUUAUCGGGAGCCAUACAGACCAAAAUGUUGAUGGGAUUUGCCACUCAUGACAAGCAGGCUCUGGAGGUCGCAGGACAGAUUACAAACGAAGCCCUCAGUAAUAUUCGCACUGUGGCUGGGAUUGGAAAGGAGAGGCAGUUUAUAGAAGUGUUCGAGACUGAACUGGAGAAGCCAUACAAGACAGCCAUCCGAAAAGCAAAUGUUUACGGAUUCUGCUUUGGUUUUUCCCAGUGCAUUGUGUUUGUUGCUAAUUCUGCUUCCUACAGAUAUGGAGGUUACUUAAUUCCCAAUGAGGGGCUCCAUUUCAGCUAUGUGUUCAGGGUGAUCUCUUCAGUUGUACUGAGUGCGACAGCUCUUGGGAGAGCCUUCUCUUAUACCCCAAGUUAUGCCAAAGCUAAAAUCUCAGCCGCACGCUUUUUCCAACUGCUGGACCGACAACCCACAAUCAAGGUGUAUAGUAGUGCGGGUGAAAGAUGGGACAACUUCCAGGGGCAGAUUGACUUUGUUGACUGUAAAUUUACGUAUCCUUCCCGACCUGAUAUACAAGUUCUGAAUGGUCUCUCAGUGUCUGUUGGUCCAGGGCAAACCCUGGCAUUUGUUGGAAGCAGUGGAUGUGGUAAAAGCACCAGUAUUCAGCUGUUGGAACGUUUCUAUGAUCCUGACCAAGGGAAGGUGAUGAUAGAUGGGCAUGACAGCAAAAAUGUAAACGUCCAGUUUCUCCGCUCGAAGAUUGGAAUCGUUUCCCAGGAACCAGUGUUGUUUGCCUGUAGCAUAGUGGACAAUAUCAAGUAUGGAGACAACACCAAAGAAAUCCCCACGGAAAAAGUCAUAGAAGCCGCAAAGCAGGCUCAGCUGCAUGACUUUGUCAUGUCCCUUCCAGAGAAAUAUGAAACUAAUGUUGGGUCCCAGGGGUCUCAACUCUCUCGAGGGGAGAAACAACGCAUUGCUAUUGCUCGGGCCAUCAUACGAGAUCCUAAAAUCUUGCUACUAGAUGAAGCUACUUCUGCCUUGGACACAGAAAGUGAAAAGACGGUGCAGGUCGCCUUGGACAAAGCCAGAGAAGGUCGGACCUGCAUUGUCAUUGCCCAUCGUUUGUCCACCAUCCGGAACUCGGAUAUCAUUGCUGUCAUGUCACAGGGGAUAGUAAUUGAAAAGGGGACCCAUGAAGAACUGAUGGCCCAGAAAGGAGCCUACUACAAACUAGUCACCACAGGAGCCCCCAUCAGUUGACCUGACUUGAGAACUUCAUGCACAGUUGGUGGACCAAUUACAGAAGUGCUGUGGGGUUUUUUGUUUGUUUUUCUUUAAGCAGAAAUAGUGAUAUUUUACUUUUACAGACGUGGUCAUACAUUGGCAUCCGAGCUAAUUUCUAAUGACUUUCAAUAGUAAUUUAGUUUUAAGUGUCUGUAUAUAGAAAAUGAAAGAAACUAGGGUCAGUGGCAGUGAGAAUCCAGUGUCAAGCAGCUGCUCAGCCAUCACCCAGUGCUUUCUCCAUGCAGGAGCCAGUCCCAGUUACUACGUGGGUAUUAGCAAGACUUGGAGGAAGUCAGACUUUGAAUUUCUCAGGGACAGAGAACCAUCCUUUGCUUUUUUGAACCCUCAGUGUACACAAAGCCUGGUCGAGAAUAGGCGCUCGACAAAUGUUUACUGAGCUGGGCCAAGAUCAUAUGGAGAAGAACAGAAGGACUGAAGACUGUAUUUUUUGACUGAAGUUUUCUUGCAUGUGAAAGCAGAUUCUUUUAUGUCUAAGGAUGAAGAUGGGGAAAGGAGGACUUUGAUACUCUGGAUGCCGUCAGGCUGAAAGGGGCAGAAAAAGGCAAGUAUUAGCAGGAGCUUACCAGUCAGGGAUGUUGAUUUAUAGAUUCAAGGUGUAGUAUGUGGGUGGUGAAGUCCCCAUUUACUGGACUAGAUUCUGCCGGUGUCCCUGGAGCAGGGGGCUCUAUCCCAAGCCUUGUCCCCCUCCACAUUGGUUGCUGUCCUUUGUUUCUUCAAAUCCCAGCCUGAAAUGAAAAUAGUGAAUUUUACCUUGUAUAAGUGUUUUCUUCCUAUGGCCAACAAGUGAAAUUCUGCCUACAAAUUAAGCCUGAGCUAUUGUAUAUUGAGGUAUAUUAUUUGUUUCUGGUCCAGUGUUUCCUGGUAAAUAACCACACAGGUGGUUUAACAGGUUAACUAGUUAGGUCAGGAGCAUUGAUGGUUGCAAAGUCAGGGAGGGAGAGGGUGGAGGACAGCAUUCUAGUUAAGUUAUGACAAAUGGCAGUGUCAAGUAAGUUGCAGAAUAAAAAUGCCAUGAGAAGGAAUUAAGCUUUGCAGUAAGCAUGUGCUCAUCUUGUAAUAUUGAAGAAAGAAGACCAAAAUCUGUUUAAGUUUGCAUUUCAAAGAGGAGGAACAUAAGCUCUGUGCUGGGAGGCUGCCAGUUUCCUGGAAUAGAAUGUAUGGGGUGAGAAAAAUGGAUGAUUAAGAGUUAUUUUUUAGGGGUUUCCCUGGUGGCGCAGUGGUUAAGAAUCUGCCUGCCAAUGCAGGGGACACGGGUUCAAGCCCUGGUCCGGGAAGAUCCCACAUGCCACGGAGCAGCUAAGCCCAUGAGCCACAACUAUUCAGCCUGUGCUCUAGAGCCCACGAGCCACAACUACUGAGCCCAUGUGCCACAACUACUAAAGCCUACAUGUGCCACAACUACUGAAGCCCGCGCACUGCAACAAAGAGUGGCCCCCGCUCGCUGCAACUAGAGAAAGCCCACAGCCAGAAACGAAGACCCAACGCAGUCAAAAAUAAAUAAAUUAAAUAAAUAAAAAUUUUAAAGAAAGAGUUAUUUUUUAAAUAAGGUCCUUGGAAGUUAUUGAUGAGAGGGAAAAUGUUGACUGGAGAAGGCUUGAAAUGAUUUGGGAAAAACAUUGAAUUACAACUUCAAAAAUAUAGAAAUGAAGUUGCAAGUUUAUUUUGCAACACCAGGAGUUCCAAUGUCUUCAUUUUUGUUCCGUAUCCUGUAUCACUCACAAAGAUUUGGUUUCUACAGUUUUAUAUUGUUUCUCAGGUGAUGGAGGGACUUGCCUAAUCUGUUGUGUCUGACACUUAUCUUGUCUUUCUGUAAUUUCUAAUGCUUUCAGGAUGGGUUCUGCUGUGAUCAAACUCUCCCUGUUACCCCAGUUAAUAAAAGUUUACAGAAGAAAAAAAUAGAAGGAUUGGAAGAUGAAGUUGGGGAAAUUUCCCUGAAGGUAGGACAGAAAGAGAUGAAGAGUUAGAAAAUAAAAUUUAGAGGAACAAUUCAGGAGAUGCAAUAAUUAGCUAACAGCAGUUCCAGAAAGACAGUGUAGAGAAAACUGAGGGGAAAAAUGAUUAAAUAGUCCAAGAAAAUGUCCUAUAAUUGAAGGAUGUGAAUUUCCAACUUUAAAGAGUUCACCAAGUGUCAAAUAAAAUAAAUAAACAAAGAUUCUACCUGGGCACACUAUUAUGCAAUUUUGGAAAACUGGGGGAAAGGAGAAGAUACUAAAAUUUUCUAAGAGACAUAUAAUAAAGAAACAUAAUGACAUAGGAUCUCUUGACAAUGACACUAAAAGUCAGAAGACAUAAAGAUUUGCCUUCAGAAUUCUGAGGGAAAAAUUAUCUCCAUCCUGGAAUUGUAUACCUAGCAAACUAUUCUCAAGAAUGAGAGAGGCCUAAAGAAAUUCUGUCAUGUAAGUGUCUCAAAACUGCAUGAAAGCAGAUACCCAUAAACCAGAAAUGCUACUGUUUGAGAAAAAAAUAGAAGAGUUGGCCUCCAGAUCCUUUUGUAUAGAAACACCUUUUCAUACAGUUACUCUAAGUCUAUUCUACAUGUGCUGUUAGGAAAUUGUUUCAAUAAAAAGACUUUGAAUUUAGUAGUGCAGUC